CGGGAGGGAGCACAUUAUCAGCUGGUCCAUAGUACAGGAUGGUCACCUACACGCAAGCCGUUCUUCUCUUCGUGGCGCUGGCGGUGUCCCCGAGCGCUCAGCUGUGCGCCCCGGACUGCACAGGUGUGGACCCCUUGACCAAAGUGAGAGACCCUAGCGACUGCACGAAGUACUAUGUUUGCGUCGACGCUUCUGGAACAGGAGAGCUCGUGCCGUCGGUCGAGCCAGUGGAUUGCCCCGACGACCAUUACUUCAACGAACAGCACACGACCCCGCGCUGCGACCCCAUCGACAGUGCCCCGAGCGGCUUCUGCUCUGACCUGUGCAACCCUUGCCUCGCCGACUGCACCCACCCGGGAGAAGUGACCCCCGACCCAAGCAACUGCUCCUCCUACUUCGUGUGCUUGGACAGUGGCCACACCCUGGCAGUCGAGUGCCCAGAGUCAGCUCCCUUCUUCGACUUCCUGACCGGGAACUGCCAGACUGACUCGACCCUCUGCUACCAUUACUGCGACACGUGCGUGCCCCACUGCACACAGCAAAACGAACGCGUGGCAGACCCCUACGACUGCCAUAAGUUUUAUCUGUGUACCCCUCCCACCAUGUCCAGUUUCCUGUGUCCCCAUAGCCAGGUGUUCAACAGGGAGACGGGUGUGUGCGAGGAUAAUGCCGUGUGCAUUACUGACUGUUAAAGGAGAAUAUUCGGUGAAUAUUCAGUAAAAAACAUUUUUAAGGUCAAUGCACUUUCUGCGUUCCACAUAAAUAUGUAUAUGAAAAAAUAUAUAAACAGAUAUACGUUA